CAGGUGCGCUUAUGACUUAAUACCGGUUCUUAUGGCUAAUUAUCCUUAUUACAAUGUAUCAUCUACAUACACAUUUUUUUGCUCACGUUACAUAAAAUUAAGAUACUAUCAGAGCAAGGUAUACGCGAGUGAAUCUUGGAAAUUAUUAUUGCUGAUUCACUGAAACGCAAUAACAGUAAUGGACCUGCAACUUUUUCCAGACGGAUUCGUUACUGACGAGAUUUUAAUAACUAUACUCCGUAUGGCUGGAAUCGAGGAGAAAAAACAAGUAUAGAUCCAGCACGAGCAUAUUUAUAUACACAUAGCAACAGCGAAGGCUGCGAUCGAAAUCGCAGGUGUUUACACCGGGAAUUAUAACCUCACGGCGUCAUGUGCGUAAGUCGAGCUUUCGGUAAAUCGAUGCAUACGCGCUUCUCGGCAAAGUUUGCACGAUUUAUUGUGACUGGAUAAUGUGUCAAUGACGAUCGAUAAUCAGCAGAGCGAGGCGAGAGCGCUUUUAUAUUGUACGUGUAUAGAUGCGCGCGUACAUAGUCGACCGACCGACUGACCAUCGUAUAUGUGUGCACUAGCCGCUAAUCCGGUCGUAUAAAAAGGAGACGUCGUCGGAUCAGAGUCGCUCAGUGUUUGCGAAACGAUCGUAAGCUACAAUAGUCCAUUCCUAAGGAUCUGCACCGGUGUUUUUGAAUUUCAACAUGAAGACCUUCGCUAUUGUCCUGACUCUUUGCAUCGUUGGCGCUUAUGCGUCAACCUUGAAGGAUGACCAAAAAGCCAAAUUGAGGGAGUACAAGGAAUCUUGCAUAACUGAAACUAGCGCUGAUAAAGCCGUCAUCGACAGCAUUAUCAAAGGAGGGCCGAUCAACCGCGAUGAAAAGCUCGACUGCUUCUCCGCUUGCAUGCUGAAGAAAAUUGGCAUCAUGCGCCCCGACGGCAGCAUCGACGUAGAGUCAGCUCGCGCCAAGGCAGCCACCACCAACGUCGACGUAGCCAAGGCUAACGAGGUUAUCGACAAAUGCAAAGAUCUCAAGGGAAAGGACACCUGCGAGACCGGAGGUGCGGUUUUCGGAUGCUUCAUCACCAACAAGGACUUCCCAGUCCUCAACUGAAUCUGAUCUGGUGAAAGAAGAGAUUGCGUGAAUAUACAGAGCAUUUUCCCGACGUUGUACCUUAUAAAAUGUAUGAUAAUAAACGACUUUCAAGUAUUCUACUAAUACAUUAAUAUA